AUGCCUCAGGUGGAUCUGCUGCUCUUCACGAUCUUAAACGGCAUCUCCUGGUACUGCGUGGUGAAGCGCUUAGGCUGCUGCGGCAGAGCCGGGUACUUGGUCUGGGCCGCGGUCUACGUCUUGCUGAACCUGGGCCGGCUGCAAGCCAUCUCCUGGAGCUCCUGCUACCUCAUUUACUUGCUGAUGAUAGUUCCAGCAGGCUACAUGGUGGUGGCGCUGAUUCAGCUCUUCCGUGGCGCUCCACGGGGCCUGCUGAGCGGCGCCGCGUUUUUUGCGUCUUCCGAAGCGCGCCAGGAGCUGCUCCACGCCUACGACGUGGCCGCGAUUCUGACGCUCUACAACGACCUCUGCCGCGAGGAGGGGUCCACCUCCCACAGCAUCAAGGAUAGCUGGGAAUGCAAGCUCUAUGACAUCAAGGUGACAUCCCCUUCAGGUGACGUGGAGUGGGAUCCAGUGAUGAACCGAGCCCCGCCCGACUCGGACAAAGACAGCGUUUUGCUGAACGGCACGCGAGGUCUCUUCGAGUCGGCGGCAGCAAAAGACUCGUUCCUCAAGGGUCUCGCCGGCCAGCGCGCGGCCGAGCUGCAGCACAUUUGCAGUGACCGCUUCUUUCAGACGCACGUGGUGAUCGGGGACGACCCACACAAGGUGCCGUUCGGAGACACAGAGGCGUUCGCCAAGGUGGUGCCUGAGGUCCGCCUCGGCCUGGACCAGGCGAACGGCGCUCGCCGAGAGACCGGUGGCUCGCGACGAUUUUCCGUGGCCACGGUGGAGCUAGAGUAA